AUGUCUUUCUUGAAUUCUGGCGAUGGAAGUGAGCAUAAAUGGCAGGGCAUUAAUCAAGAGUACGAACGAACAGAGUUAUCACUUGCUCAAGUGAAAGAAAGAGAUUUAAGAGAUUUGAGGCAAGAAGCCAAACAAUUACAAAAUAAUGAUGAGGCAAAUAAUAUAUUGUUGAGGGAUUUCGUGUUGAAUGUACAUUAUUUACAGCAAAAUCAUAAUCAAUUGACAUGGAAACAAAGACUCAAUAUACUUUCAUACAUAGGUGAAGCAAUUUCACAACUUCAUCAUGAAAAUUCUAUUCAUAGAGACUUGCAUUCAGGAAAUAUUUUAUAUGCUAAAUUUAAUGAUGUUUGGGUUAUUAGUGAUUUUGGAUUUUGUGGCCCCGCUGAUAAACCAUUAGGAAGUAUAUAUGGAAAUCUUCCUUAUAUAGCACCUGAAGUUAUAUUUGGAAAAGGAUAUACUUUUGAAUCAGAUAUUUAUAGUAUCGGUAUGCUUAUGUGGGAAAUUUCAUCUGGAAAACAACCAUUUGUUGGUUUAGAACAUAAUUAUGAUCUUGUAAUGAAAAUAAUGAAUGGAAUGAGACCAAAAAUAGUACCAGGAACUCCAUUGGAAUAUGCAAAUUUAAUGACACAAUGUUGGGAUGCUGAUCCAUUAAAGAGAUCUGAUAUUGAUACCCUUAAUGAUAAAAUUGCAGAAAUAUUGGUUCCUCCAAUAUCGAUUUUCUUGAUAACAGAAUACGAGAUUGACGAAGAAGAUGAAUUAAGCACAGAUUUAAGAAAAUAUUUACAACAAUAUCACAACCGACUUACAUGGAAAGAAAGGUUAGAUAUAAUCAUGGUCGUAAUCGUUGCAAUUCGUCAUCUUCAUGAUGAAGGUGCAAUUCAUAGAGAUUUGCAUUCAGGAAAUAUAUUAUACAAACAAUAUUCUAAUUCUUGGUAUAUUAGUGAUUUUGGAUUUUGUGGACCUGCUGAUAUGCCAUUACAAAGAAUUAUAGAAUUAAUUGAACAAUGUUGGGACGCUGAUCCAUCAAAAAGGCCUAAUAUUGAUACUCUUGAUAAUAAAGUUGCAGAAAUAAGAAAAUCAUAUUACCAAAAUGAUACGACGAGUAUUGAUGAAUACCCUAAUGAAUCUAAUACAAGCUCUAGCUCUAUUUACGUGUCAUCAAAAAAAUUUAAAGAUGUUCCUACUAUUUAUAAAUCAAAAAAUAAGAUGAAAAAAAAAUAUUCAGACAGUUUUUCGAGUUUAUUUUCCGAGGCCAAAAAAUAUGUAUCAGAUAUAAACUUUCGUAAACAUACUAGUAAAUUUGACUUUAGGAAUAUUACCAGAACUUUUUUUAAAUAA